AUGAGUUUACAAUCAUUAGAUCAUCAACAUUCUUGUAUUUCAAGAUCAUUUCAAGUAAUUAAUGGUAUUAGUUGUGUUAUUAGAGAAUUAGUUGAAAAUGCUAUUGAUGCACAUUCUACUAAUAUAGGUUUUUUUAUUAUUUUUAUCCAAUUUUUAGAAAUUAAAUUAUAUAAUGCUGGUGUUGAUUUAAUUAAAGUUACUGAUAAUGGUACUGGAAUUUCCGAAAUCAAUUUCGAUAAUCUAGGAUCAAAACAUUCAACAUCGAAAAUAAGAAAAUUUGAAGAUUUAUUUACAAGUUUGACAACAUUUGGUUUUCGUGGCGAGGCUUUAUAUUCCAUGUGUAAUCUUAGUAAUGUAGAAAUUGAGACUAGGACUCCCAAUAGUGAUAAUGGUUGGCUUUUAAAAUUUGAUUCAUUAGGAAAUAUUAUUAACAAAUCUCCUAUAGCUUCUAAUAUAGGAACAUGUGUGAAGGUUAGAGAAUUGUUUGGUGAAUAUCCAGUACGUAGAAAGUUAUUAGUGAAGAAUUCAAAGAGUCAAAUUUCAAAAUCAGUUUCUCAAAUUCAACAAUAUGCUUUAAUUAAUCCUCAUAUAAGUUUCAAUUUUACUACUGUGACUAAUAAUAAGAAAUUCUCGAAUAUUUUUGCUACUUCCGGUUCUAAAGAUGAAAUUCGAGGUGUAGUAGAAGAAAUCUUUGAAGGUUUAGUAAGUAAUCCUUAUAAUGAAAGAGGAUAUAGAGAAAUGGAAUAUUUUUAUAUAAACAAGAGACCAAUAACAAAGGUACAAAAGUUCAAAAAUGCCAUUUCGGCUAUUUUUAGUCAUUUCUCAAGUAGAGCUAAACCUUCAUUCAUACUCAAUCUCACUAUGAAUUGUGAUAAUGUCGAUGUUAAUAUCUCACCAGAUAAACGUUCUGCAUAUAUCUAUUCUGAAGAUUAUAUUAUUCGUACAUUUAAAGAAAAUUUAUAUGAAAUAUUGAAACCAAAGACGAAUUUAUUACAAAUAAAUUCUGAAAUUUUAACUCAAUUCAUUUCCAAUUCUAUUAAUAUUAAACAAGAAAAACGUCAAUUAGAUACAAUUGAUACUAAUUCCAUUAAAAAACAGACUAUAACACAUACUAAUGGAGAUACCAAUGAAGAACAUAUUAGUGAUACUAUGAGUACUGGUAUGGUGACUGAUUCUAUGGGUAUUAAUGCUAUUACUGAUACUGUGGAUAAUACUAUAACUACUGAUACUAGUGCUAUUACUUAUGGCGCUUUAAAUUUACCUGAGAUACUAGAUACCAAGGAUACUACUAGGGCUAUUACUAAUAGUACUGUAAAUAUACCUACUACUACGAGUAUCAGUACUAAGAGUAUUAGUACUGACAUUAUUACUACUGAAUCUUUUAGUACUGAGAACAUUAGUAAUCGUAUUAGUACUAAUAGUAUUACUGACUGUAUGAGUGAUAGUAUUACUGACUAUAUGAGUGAUAGUAUUACUAACUGUAUGAGUGAUGGUAUAAAUUUGGAUAGAAUAAAUACUUUAGAAGAAUAUUUAGAGUUAGUAGAAGAUGAAUGUUGUUCAUCAAUAUCAAGACGUAUAAAGAUAUGUGAAAGACGUUUAUUUGAGCGUAAUAUGAAGAAAUUAUUACCAGAAGAAUCUAUUAUGAAAUGUAAAUUAACUAAUGAAGAUUUGAUGGAACAUAACUUUUUAAAUCCUCAAGUCUUUGAGAAAAUGGAACUCAUUGGACAAUUUAAUAAAAGUUUCAUUAUUACAAAGUUGACAUUUCCUGAUAUUAAAACAAAAUAUAAUUUUUCAUUAUAUGUUAUUGAUCAACAUGCUGCUGACGAAAAGGCUAAGUAUCACGUUACGGUGCUUGCUCAAGCAGCUCCAAUUACCAUUAUUAGUAUACAGUUAUUUAGCUCCCUUUCCGGGAGUACACUCCAUAGCUAUAGAAUUAGCUCCCUUUCCCGGGGUUAUUGGUUAGUUAUAUACCCCUUACGGGGAUUAAUUAAUAUGUCCGAAAUUAAUAGAAUUGACACCAUUUUUAACACAAGUAAAUUUUUUAAAAUUAAUAAUGUUCAGGUAGCAGAAAAUAGUAUGAAUGUAUUAUUAUCAAAUGGAUUUGAUAUUAAAGUAUGUAGAGAGAAGGAAUUUUUAGUAUUUAAUGAUGGAGACGUAUGUAUGUCAAGUGUAUUAACAGAGAAAAUUGGACGUGGUGUAUAUGUAAAUACUUUGCCACAAAUUCUAGGUAAAGUACUUGGUGAAGAUGAUUUCAUUGAUUUCCUUAAUGAACUUUCUACAAUUGAUUAUAUCGAAAAUAAUCAACAAUCUGAUUAUAUUUGGGGAUUAGGAAAUAUACCAAGACCACAUAAAAUCUGGUCAAUACUAGCUUCAAAAGCAUGUAAAUCAUCAGUUAGAGCUGGUGAUGGAUUAACAAAUGGACAAAUGAAAAAUAUAAUAAAGAAAAUGGGAACAUUAAUACAUCCAUGGAAUUGUCCACAUGGAAGACCAUCAAUCAAAUGCCUUGUAUCACAUCAACAAUUACAAGAAUUAUUAUCCAAUUAA